GCGAAAGCUUUAGGGUUUUCGUUGCCCACUAUUCGCUUCUGGUGCUCUCUACCCUGUGAGGAAAAGGCGGUGGAGGUAGGCGCCUGCGGAGCCGUGGUGGUGCGAGCUCUGGUCUAGUUCCUCGACCGCCAACAUUCCAGGCAUAACAUAUUCCUGAAAGUUAAGAGUUCUGAUCAAGCCAAGUUUUCAUUUCAGCUAAUGGAAGGUGCAGCUGGAGAUUUCCAAUAUGUAGAUGCUCAUGAAACAAUGGAUGUUCAUUAUCAGCAUGGAGCAUUUGGUCUUACGAGUUCUUCUGGAGAUGCUUAUUCCUGUUAUCACAACACUGACACAUUCCAUGAAGCCUGUGGUGAACAGUUGACUAACUUGGAUCCCACUGGAGGACCAGUUCAGUCUCCCAGUAUAUUCUAUCUGGGAUCGUAUCAUGGUUCUGGUUCUCAUAAAGGCAGCAUGAUUCCAACUUCUUGUUCCAUUGGUGCUUCUAGGGAUUUCUGCAACUCAUUACAGAAGACACCCAUCAUGAGUAGAGAUUCCUCAUUUUAUUUCACAGAACAACACAACACUUCCACUCUCCAAGCUCAAGUUCAGGUUUCACCUAACACCAAAUUGCUAUCUAUCUCCCAUCGUCCACAAAAUUCAGGUGCAACAUACUUGAAGACUGGUAAUUGCUCCAACAGCAUUAUUACUUUUCCAAUGAUGGAGCAAGGGCUGUCAUCCGAUGCUCCAUCAUCUAGCAAAUUUGCAUUGCAUGAUUCCAUUAAUAAAGCAGAAUCUUCGGAGGUUGUCAAAGCUUUCAUUUAUGGUGCAGAGAGGUUACAUUUGCCUUCGAGCGAUCUAUCUUGUGGAAAACCUUCUGGCCUAAUGCACUCUUUUGAGUCAGAAUAUCUAAAUGAUUUUGUCACUAAUCAUCCAGACUUGACACCUGAAAGUUCUUCAUUGUUCCAUCCUGAAGAUGUCCCUGUGACUCGCCUAUGUGAUCAACAACCUGAGCAUGUUAUGGAUGAUGCGGCCAUGCAAAUCAAUCAGAGUGUGCUCGAUGUGAUGUCUGUGUCAUCGUGCUUGUCUGAAGGUGAUAAGAGUAGCUGCAACAUGGUUACCGGGAUAAAUGUGAAGCAAGCUGAGAACUCCAUUUUAGCUGCAGUUAAUUCGCUGGUGUUAGAAAGUAAAAGUAAGGAGAAUUCUUCAAUACCACCCACUCAACUACUUUCUGAUAAUGACCAGUUUAAUGGCAUGGAGUUAAAUAUGAGGGCAAACAGCCUUGUGCAAGAAUUGUGGGAUGGUGUAACAAUGCCAGUUGACCAUAACAGUUGUUCAGAUAUGAGUGCUGGUAUUUCAGAUUGCUACUCAGCAAUGGAGACGGGCUCAAUUCAUGCCACUGAUAAAGGGCUUUUCUCAGAGUCUGGUCUUCAACAAUUAUUGGAUGCUAUAGCUGGUGACCAUUUUAGUAAAACUUCCGCUUAUAGAUCUAGUGCUAAUCCUAUUUCUGGUCUUAAUUUGGAGCAUCAAUUUUCUACUAGUGUCGGUGGUCCUUCGGUGUACAUGAAUCAGGUUCCUUCGGUAUGUGCUCCUUUCAUGAACGGUGCAUCUGAUGUGCUGUUGCCUCAUUGUAACCCUGAGAUUGUUCAUGGAUCUGUGAAACAAGCACCGUCAAAUUCCAACAUACGCUUAUGGAUUGAUGAUAGCUGCAGUAUAAACACAGAGAGUUCUGUGCUGAGUCAGUCCAAGAAGCCUGAAGAAGCUGCAAAGGUUAAGAAAAGGGCAAGACCUGGUGAAAGUACUCGGCCAAGGCCAAAAGAUCGUCAGCAGAUACAAGAUCGCCUGAAUGAGUUAAGAGAGAUUGUGCCUAAUGGUGCAAAGUGUAGCAUUGAUGCUUUGUUGGACAAAACAAUCAAACAUAUGCUAUUUUUGCAAAGUGUCACCAAGUACGCAGACAAGCUCAAACAAGCUGAUGAGCCCAAGAUUAUCAGUGAGCAGAGUGGUGUUGUUUUAAAGGACAAUCCUGGUGGUGCCAGUGGUGGUGGUGCAACGUGGGCAUAUGAAGUUGCAGGGCAAACCAUGGUCUGCCCAAUAAUAGUUGAGGAUCUCACACCCUCUGGCCAAAUGCUAGUUGAGAUGGUGUGUGAAGACCGAGGACUCUUUCUUGAGAUAGCAGAUAUCAUACGUGGAUUCGGCUUGAUAAUAUUAAAGGGUGUAAUGGAAAUUCGUGAAUGUAAAAUAUGGGCGAGGUUCUUGGUUGAGGCAAACCGGGAGGUGACUAGAAUGGAUAUAUUUCUGUCACUCAUUCAACUUCUACAACAAAACAGCUGUUUGCGAUCUGGUGAUCUGGCAACUAAGGUCGUUAACAAAGGAGCUCCGAUGUUCCCAAGUCAUCAUCAAUCUCCUGUCUAUUCCAGUUAGUUUAUCCGACAGAUUGCAGUGAUCCAUUAGUUCUAUAAAUGCUUGAAGCCAGAUGUAUCUCAAGUGCAGCAUUUGAAGUUUUGGAGAUGAGCGUCCUGCCUUCAGGAUGGCGCAUGAUUAGGGACGCAUGACCAUUCAAUGUUGAGGAAGGCAGCCAGACAUGGAUGCCACAGAAGAUAGAUAGGAGGUUUGUGGUGAUACAUGUGCAGCGAUUGAAUGUCUAGGCUUGAAGGUGUGGUUCAUAGAUUUGGCAACGGCAUCAUGUGUGCACAAAAAAUGUCGGUCAGGUGCAACUGUCUUAUUUAUUUGUUCUAACCAUGUAAAGUUGUCAAGUCUCUGUCCUUUAGUUAUUAACAUAACCUGUUGGAACUAUAGAAUUUGGUCUUGAACA